AUGCGCGCGCGCACACCCGAGCCCGGCGCGCCGGUGCCGCGCAGGAUCGCCGUCUCCAACCUGCACAAGAUGACCGACAAGUCCUUCUCCGCCACCAUGGACAAGCUCCACAAGUACGUCAACCCGCGCACGGGCGCGGACGCGCCGCUCAUCUCGGACGAGGUGCACUCCAUCAUCCAGGACAACCGCGAGCGGCUCGACCCUCUCCUCGUCUACGACCGCGACUUCGAGUAUGACUUUUUCGGCUUCAAGACGCUCGAGAAGGCCUACCUCCUGCGCAUGAAGGGCAAGGUGGUGGAGCGGCCGCAGCACAUGCUGAUGCGGGUGGCCAUCGGGAUCCACAAGACCGACCUCGACGCGGCGGACGACUCGAUCGAGGGCAUCUUCGAGACGCUCAAGCUGUGCGCGCAGAUCUCCAAGUCGGCGGGCGGGAUCGGGCUCUCCGUGCACGACAUCCGCGCGCAGGGCUCCUACAUCAAGGGCUCGGGAGGCUCCUCCAACGGGCUGGUGCCGAUGCUGCGCGUGUUUGACAACACGGCGCGCUACGUCGACCAGGGCGGCGGCAAGCGCAAGGGCGCGUUCGCGUGCUACCUGGAGCCGUGGCACGCGGACAUCCUCUCCUUCCUCGACCUCAAGAAGAACCACGGCAAGGAGGAGCAGCGCGCGCGCGACCUCUUCUUUUCGUGGUGGGUUUCGGACCUCUUCAUGAAGCGG